AUGCGGCUAUUUUCCAUAACUACUCUGCUGGUCGGCAUUGCUGCUGCCAUCCCGUCCCCCCGUGAUGUGCGCGGCGAUACGCCAGUGCGCAUUCGAAUCGGUGUUGACAAGGCCGCUUCACAGACGGCCCUGACAGUACUUGCAAGGGAUCGGGACGUGAUCAUCGGCAAGAGCCGUUCGACUAGUCUCAACACGGGAAAUUUUGCACAAGUUCCGAUUAUUUCCCAGCUUGAUGAUAACGGCAGUGGCACUGGAAGCAUCAUGAUUGGCAACAAUGUGUAUACAAUCCAUUCAGAUACCAAUGCUUCUGGUGGCAUUUCAUGCUCUGCCGACUUCAGCUCUACCGACUUCGACUCUACCGACUUCGACUCUACCGACUUCAACUCUACCGACUUCAACUCUACCGACUUCAACUCUACUGAAUUGGACACUGAGCUUAGUAAACGCCAAACACCAAGCCCGUGCACACAAUGGAGUCCAUUCACGGAGAAAGACGGUGACGGCAGCCCAACCCAGAGAUGCAAUUUAUCCAACUCAGAAAACAUUUUUUGUGGUGCUGCGAAUGAGUGCAGUGCUGGCCGAGAGGAUUCUACUUCCUACACUAUCGGAUUUUCAGUUGCAGGUGCUCUUACACGGUGGGCUAGUGUCGGCUUCGCUGUCGAACAAAGCAGGUCAACAGGUAAUACGUAUACUUGUACAGGCCAACGAAAUGAGCGAGUUUGUGUAAGAUACAUGAUGGCACAUACGAAUUACAACGUUUUCAAUAGCCUGAGAAAUGGAUGCGGAAGCAUUUCAAGAGGUAAUAGGGCGCGCAUUACCUCGCCUAAUGCUAAUAACAAAGGUGGUGGUUACCUCUGCGGUAUUGGCGCAGCGCAGUGUAACUAUAAGAAUUAUAGAUGGUGGGAUCUGGUGGACCAUAAAGGAGGCAGCUGUAUUGAUUAUUAG